CACAUCCUGCACCAUGUAAAAGCCUGUGUGUGUAAAAGCCGUGUUUUAAAGCGGUAUCUUCGGUGGCUCAUGGCAGCAGACGAGUCUGCGGGUGUCGGGCGGGUUCCGGUCUGCCUGUGUGUCCUCUGCGGACUGCCUGCUGCUGGGAAGUCCACGCUGGCCCGCAGGCUCCCCAGCACCGCAGCGCAGCACGGGUGGAAAGUCUGCGUGGUGCCGUAUGAUGACUUGAUCCCCGAGCGUGCCUUUCAAAACAGAGCGGAGGAGGAUGGUGUCGAAUUACAAGACAUGCACACCGAGUGGAAGUCCCACAGACAGGCAGUGUUGCGAUGCAUCGAGCAGUUCUUGGAGGAACCUGAAGCUUUAACAGAACUUCCGAGCAGCUGCCAGAUCAGCAGAGCUGCGUGGGAACAGUGCAUAGAAACUCUGCAGCAGCAGCAGCAGCCUCAUGAUCACGACCAGGCACCGCUUCUCUUUCUGCUGGAUGACAACUUCUACUAUCCAAGCAUGAGAUAUGAAGUUUACCAACUUGCAAGACAGCGCUCGCUCGGUUUCUGUCAGGUCUAUCUGCAGUGUGAUUUGGAGUCGUGCAUCAGCAGGAACCAGAGCAGGUCUAAACCUGUUCCCACUGAGGUGAUCGUGGAGAUGGUGAAGCGCUUGGAGCCUCCGAAUCUACAGAAGAACUCGUGGGAGAAAAACAGCAUUUCACUCAACACCACAGACAACUUGCCUGACAGAGACGUACAGAGGGUGAUGGAGUUGAUCUCCUCUGCAAUGAGCAGCCCACUGAGCCCUGUCGAGGACAACACAGAGCAAACGGAGGCAGACCGCCUCAGAUGUGCCACCAGUGUGGUUCACCAAGCUGACCAGGCCUGUCGCCGCCUCAUCUCAGACGCCAUGAAGACGGCCAGAGGAAAUCAAGUUCCUCCGGAGCACAUGAAGUGUUUGGCCGCUCAGCUGAAUGAAUCCAAAGCCGCGUUUCUCCUCAACCUGCGCAGGCAGAUGCUUCAGGAGGCGACCUCCAUACGGGAGGAGGACAUGGACGUGGACCGCGUGGUGAAAAGAGCGGUGGACGUUUUUGAUCACGAGAGGAAGGAAGUCCUCUCUCAGAUCAUAACUGGAAUCAAAUGACUAAACUGUGAGUUUACACAAAGUAAGAUUGAAUCACGUCAGGGGUCGCAAGUGAAUGUGAGAUAUUUUUUUAUUAAAUUAAAAUCAAGCUA